UUCGCUACCGGUAUUGAGGAAUUCUAAAAAUCUCAUGAUUUUACAUUCAGGAAGAAGCAAUAAUAUUUAAUAUUAUUGUACAUGUCUUCUUCAAUGACUACAUUUCACCAAUGUUAUGGACUAUAUUCACUUUGAAAAGCAAGAUGGUUCACUAUGUGCCCAACAUUGUUUGAACUCUCUGCUUCAAGGUCCAUAUUUCACGGCAGUUGAUCUCGCACAGCAUGCGGUUGCACUCGACGAAGCUGAAAGACAAAUGAUGGAGGAGGGAGAUGUGAAUUCUGAUGAUUAUGUCAAGUUUAUGAAUCAACCAUCCUCCAACAUGGAUAACAGUGGCUUUUUUUCAAUACAGGUAAUCAACAAUGUUCACUCUCUUUGUACAAGGAAACACCUUUUCCUGAACACAAUGUUUUCUGAAAUGUAUAUACAGGUUAUCUGCAGAGCACUGGAAGUCUGGAAUCUAUCUGCCAUUCCAUAUUCAAGUCCGAGCGCUGAAAGUGCCAGACUAAACCCAGGUGAUGAAAAAGCAUUUAUUUGCAAUUUGCAACAACAUUGGUUCACCAUUCGAAAGUUAGGAAAGCAGUGGUUCAACCUAGACUCUUGUGCAUCAGGUCCUGAACUUAUAUCAGAAACGUAUCUUUCCCUGUUUCUAACACAAGUACAGAAUGAAGGUUAUUCGAUCUUCGUUGUUCGUGGCGUGUUCCCAGAUUGCGAGUCAGAUCAAAUGUUGUCUGUAAUUCCUGUUGAUCCAACAAAAGUCAAGUCAACCUCAACCAGAGGAAAGUUAAAAAACAAAGCGAAAAAUGACGCCGCAAAAACUACGGAAACAAAAAAAGUCGAUGUAGAUGAAGUGAGGAAAAAAAGAGAGGAAUUCUUCUCGACAAGAUUUACCAACGACCAGCAAACAUCGUCGGCUGAAACAAACGAAACUAUUAAUUCGCAUCCUCAUAGACACGAAUCCGAGGAGACUGAGGAAGAGAUGCUAAAGAGAGCUCUGGCACUCUCCCUAACUCAAACCUGAACCACAACUCCAGCGUUGAUGACCGCACUUUCUACCAACUUAUUACAGUUGGUC